GAACUCGACAAAGCCAUCAAGGAUAGUUUUAUUGUAGACCCUAUAGCUCCACGAAAGCUUCAAUCAGAAGAUGACAAAAAGGCCAUACGCAUUCUUGAAGACACAUGCAAAAAGGUAAAUGGCCGCUACCAGGUUGGUCUUCUUUGGCGAGAUGACCGUGCUACGCUCCCAGAAAGCCUUUCAACUUCUUUAAGACGCCUGGAAUGCCUGCGGUCAAAAAUCAAGAGAGAUCCAGAAUUUUUCGAGCGAGUUCAAGACCAAAUCAACAAUCUUGUGUCUAAAGGAUAUGCAAUCGAACUAGAACCUGCAGACAUAAAUAAGGAAGAACAUCGGGUAUGGUAUCUCCCAAUUUUCAUCGCCUUAAAUCCUAAUAAACCUAAUAAAGUACGAUUGGUUUGGGACGCAGCUGCGAAAAGUCACGGGAAAUCUCUUAACGAUUUUAUUUUAAAUGGACCCGAUUAUCUAAAUCCACUCGCAGAGGUUCUUAUGGCAUUUAGAGUUGGCCGUAUCGCCGUGUGCGCCGACAUUGCAGUGAUGUUGCAUCAAAUUACCAUACAAGAAAGCGAUAUGCAAGUUCAAAGGUUCUUAUGGUUCCAUAACGACAAAAAAACCCCAAGGACCUUCGUCAUGCGUUCGAUGACAUUCGGAAUUUGCUGCGCACCUUGUAUCGCCCAUUAUGUACGCGACAAAAACGCAGAGGCAUUCAAAGACACAAAUCCUCGAGCAUACGAGUCCAUAACCAAGGCACACUAUAUGGACGAUCUCAUCGACACCUACAAUAAUGAUUCCGAGGCGGUAUCAGUGGCAUCAGCAGUCAAGCAUAUUCAUGCGAAUGCAGGAUUCACAAUAAGAAACUGGAUCUCAAACUCCGCCGCGGUUAUGCAUCAUUUUGGAGAGCGCCAAUUAAACACCCACAAUCCAAAGGAACUUGGUGGACCUGAAAAGGUUCUCGGUUCGCAAGACUUCAAAGAGAUGUCCUGAACGGAGACGCUACACCAACCAAGCGAGAAAUCCUGCAGGUCCUCAUGUCCGUCUUUGAUCCACUGGGCUUAAUCUCUUGCUACACAAUCGGCCUAAAGAUGCUACUUCAAAAAGUGUGGCGGUCAGGCAUAGACUGGGAUGAGGAACUUCCCGAAGAGCUACUUCAGUUUUGGAUGCAAUGGAAAAUCGUCCUUCUACAAGCUACUAAGUUGGAAUUUCCCCGUCACUACUCCAGAUUGCUACCAGAAGCAGAGCAAAUCGAUCUACAUACCUUCGUAGACGCCAGCGAAUACGCUUAUGCCGCAGUUUCAUAUCUUCGUAUAAAAAAGGAAAACAAUGUCGAUACAGUCAUAGUAGCCGCAAAAUGCAAGGUUGCACCGCUGAAACCCGUCUCCAUUCCACGUAUGGAACUCCUGGCAGCCGUUAUGGGAGUCGGACUAGCAAAAAAAAUCAAAAACACGCGAGGUUUACGAAUCGAUAACUGCACUUACUGGUAAGAUUCUAAGACUGUUCUUCAGUGGCUAAAAAUCGACCCACGCAACUUCCAACCCUUCGUCAUGCACCGAGUUGGCGAGAUCAUUGAUAAUACUACCAUUAAUCAGUGGCGCUGGGUUCCAACAAAAGAAAACAUAGCAAAUUUAGCCACAAAAAUCGUGAAGGCUCCAGAGGCUUCUCGAUGGAUUAAAGGGCCCCACUUUCUUAUCCAGCCGGAGGGUGAAUGGCCAGAACCGGACGUGUCCUUUAAUGAAGAAACAAGCAAGAUUGAAUUACGUAAGCAUGUACUCAUAACAACCAAUCUAAAGAAUUUCGAAUUUGCAGUUUACUACUUUUCGGACUGGAAACGCUUAUACAGGGCUGUGGCUAAUUUCCUCCUAUAUAUCGAGAAGCUACGUGCCAAAUGCUGUGGCAAACCUUUGCCUAAACGUCUAAACCCUGACAUCGUUCGCUCAGCCAAGACAUGGCUAUAUAAACAGGCGCAGUUUGAAUUGUAUGCUGCCGAGAUCACCUCUUUAAAAUCCAGAUCAUGCAUCAAUAAAGCCAGCCCGCUUAUCGCCCUAAACGUCUAUUUGGAUGCAUCAGGUGUCAUACGUGUGCAAGGCAGAAUGAACAAAUUGAACCCAGCAGGUGACGCCAUCGUACUGCCCAAAAAAUCACGGAUUACCUUCUUAAUCGCCAAGGAUUAUCACGAAAGAUCUCAUCACAUGCUCCAUGAGACAACAAUAAAUUUGAUACGUACCGACUUCCACGUCUGCGAGUUCUUUUUAAGGAAGUCCGAAUGAGUUGCCAAAAAUGCAAAAUCAUAACCGCCUUACCUAAACACCCACAAAUGGCCCCUCUACCAGCUGCCAGACUCGCUUCCUUUGAGAAACCCUUUACGUAUACCGGAAUAGACUACUUCGGCCCGAUCCUUGUCAACGUUGGAAGGCA